AUGCAAGGAUCACUUGCAUACCGUCUCUACGCCGUGUAUACCAGACAACAAGGCUAUCUGGUCGCACAUCUUUCAAAAGAACACCUGUUCAUAGCAGGUGGACAACCUUUGAACUCUCUCGACUCUCUGGCCUCCUCCCUACUACCUCACUCAAAUAUCGAUGCAUGGACGGAGCAAGAUCUUGUGGCAUACAAUAAUCUAUGUGACCAAGAACUGACAGACCGGUUCCUGCAAGGACUCGGCUUGCUCGACAGAAGCAAAAUUGAUGAGUCAAUGCGCCUCUUUCUGAACCAAAUCUAUCAGUCCGAGAUGGUAGGUCGGGAGGUCAUCGCUGACAAAGAAGCUGUGAAGAGAAUGAUCCGUGUGGUUCGGCAAUGGUAUGAAUAUCGUAUCACUCAGGAAGAGGCAUACGAGAAGAGUAUGCGAGCGCUCCGAGCACAGAUUGACCGGUAUGCUGCGAGAAGGACAGCAAGGCUCGAAGAGGACGCCUCGAACGAGCCACGGACUUACACAGACAAAUACAACAUCCCAGCCCUGGCGUCCUCUGUUCCGCAGACAACAGCAGGUGAACGGUGCCGAAAAUUCAAAUUCUUGCUUUCGGUCAAGCCAGAUAUCAUCGCCAGCAAGGAGAGCAUGUGUAGCGACAGAAGAACCACGAAGAGGCGUGCCCUGGAGGCAGAAGAAGACGGGAGAGAACAACUUCGGGUAUGGUAG